UGCACUUAGUGGGGACACACACAAUUGACUGUAUAAAAUCGCUUCCUAAAAAUCGACUUCUAUAAAUUCGACCUAAUUUCAUAGUGUAGACAUACCCUAAGUGUACUCUUCUCUGCCAUUAUCUAAAUCAUUUUUAUCUAGAUAUUGAACUGAACCAGAUCCAGACCAAUCCCUGCCAGAUGCCAUUCUAUAUGCCCUUGGUGCUUGACUGUGAAUCAUUGAUGAUUACUCUCUGGGAAUGUUUUUCCAACCAGGUGGAAUAUUUCCAGUGCCUGCCUUGUUCUCGGCCUUCCUCCUGUCAUGCCCAGUCUGCUCCAGCCCUGCUUUCCUACUGGCUUCCUGGCUCCUGCACCAACCACUAGACCUGACAGUCUGCAUCCCAGCAGCAAGAUUGGGAUCCCUUUGUACAAAUGCAUAUGAAGAGUCACUUUCUGCUCCAAAGGUCUUAACAUCUAAAGAGAAAAGACAAAGAAAUGGUGGGAGCAGAAACAGAGGUGAAGUGACUUGCCCAAAUUACCCAGGAGUUGAGCUGGAAAUAGAACAUAGGUCUCCUGAUUCCCAGGUAAAUACCAAGCUCACCCAGCUGGAUUGUCAGGUUUGCAGUUUCACUGAGGUGCUGAAAGGAAAGGUUUUCAUUGCUGGCCUGGAGGAAGGUCCAGUGCAGGUGACAUUGUGCUUCCCAAGGGCCAGUGUCAGAGCAUCGCAUCACCAGCUGCCUCUGCCCCAAAGAUUCAACGAUGCCCUGAAACAGUCAAGGAAGCUUCUUGUUACCAGCAUUCAGCAAAUAGGAUCUUAUCAAGUGCAUCCUCAUCAUCUUGAUAGAAUUGAUUCAGGGACUGAAUUAUAUACUAAUUGCGAUGACCUGGCAGAGAAUGUGCCUGAGUUAAUAAACAGGAUCUGUAAUUGAAUAACGUAUAAUUAUAUAAUAAAACCAAUCUUUGGAAACCCUGGCAAGGU